GGUUGGAGGGAGGGGGCGGCGUUAGACAAUGCCCAUUCCUCCAAUAUAUUCCGUCCCCUCUGUCCAUGAAGUGAGCCUUUAUUAGUGAGGAUCGUUUGGAUCUUAUCUUCCACAUGACGCGCGGCGGAUGAGGAGGAAUCAGAGCGACGAGGCGGGGGGGAUUUAUCUGCGAUCUGCUCGACUCCCGACCUGGAAGAGUGUCGCUUAUCUCCAGCCUCUUCAUCUCCAUCUUCCACAGGCGGACGGACCAGCAGCCUCUCUGUCAGCCCAGCUCAUCUAUUGUCUGAAAUCCAACCGAGGACCGGCUGAUCCCCUCUUAUCGUCACCCUAAUCGGUUUUUUUUUCUUUUUCUUUUUUUUUUUUUUUUUUUUUUUUUUUGGUUUUUUGGUUUGUUUGUUUUUUAAUUUUGACAUUUUUCUGCAGAUUUCCUGAACUGAUCCCAGGAAGACUUCUGGUCCGUUUUCAAAGCGUUCUGCGAUGCAAGUUUCCAUCAGGAAAAAGUGACAAAAAGUACUUUCUCUCUGCAUUUUCUUUCCACUUCCUUGAGCCUGAAUGCACGUCUUUUUGACAUCUGAUGCUCGUUCGGCUCGUGGAAUAUGAGUUAAUUGGGAAUUGGGUUAAUUAAACGAAGAACCAAAUUGCCUCCCAACUCUCUUUCAAAGUUUUCGAGGAGGCUCGCCCGCCAACACGCCGAGCGUAAAAAUGAUGCUGAGUCCGGACCAAGCCGAGGCGGACCUGUCGUGGACCCAGUCCGACCCGGAGUCGAUGCUCAACGGGCUCAAGUCGGCCGGCUGCACCUCGGACGAGCCGACCGAGGGCGAGGAGCAGCGGGCCAAAUGCAAAGCCGAGCAGCCGCUGAGCAGGGAGGAGAAGAGGAGGCGGCGGCGGGCCACGGCCAAGUACCGCUCCGCGCACGCAACCCGGGAGCGGAUCCGGGUGGAGGCGUUCAACGUGGCCUUCGCGGAGCUGCGCAAGCUGCUGCCCACGUUGCCCCCGGACAAGAAACUCUCCAAGAUCGAGAUCCUCAGACUGGCUAUUUGUUACAUCUCCUACCUGAACCACGUGUUGGAUGUCUGAGUGGGAGCGGACGGGCGGACUGGUGCGGGAGAUUUCUACAGAACGCGCAGUAUUUUCUAAGCCUUUCACAGAUGGUACUUUGGGCAGACAUGCUACACUGAAAAAACCGAACUUAGAAUUCAACCAAUAAAAUUGGAGAGACAAUUUAGUUGGGUAGAGUUAUUAUGACUUCUGAGUCCAACUUUUAACACAUAAACGAUGAUUAGUCACUGAAAUUCUAACUAAUUAAGUUAAUUUACCUAGUCUGGUGUUAAAAAAAGAAACCAUAGCUAAGAUGUGCUGUUGUGUGGCAGCAGCUGUCUCACUGUUAAAAAGUUCAGCUUGCUAGCAAGUUUCACUGCUGAAUAUAAAUUUACUAAACAAACUCGCUUUUUUAAAUAAACCAUAACUCCUAUGAGAGUUUAAUUCAACCCGUGAUAGCCUUACUGGUCUCUGCAGGACGAAUAAAAAGAAGAAAAUGUAUGUUUGAAUUCAACAGGUAUUAAACAUUACAUUUGAAACCACAUAAGUUGAAUUAAUUUAGUAAAUAUCCUCUAAAAUUUAUUUUUGCAGCAGUAGAACAUUUAUAACUUUAAAGAACUUUUGGCCUUUUUAUUUUUUAAGAGUUUUCCACUUAACGGUGUGAAAUUCAUCUUUCACCAAUUAUGUAACCAUCCAUUUUUUCACUUUUUUUUUCAAUUGUCAAAAAUCAGUUAAAUAAAAUCUUUUUUUCCUCUCAGACUUUGAUGAGUUAGGGAGAGACCAGCUGAUUAUUGAGGCUUUUAAGCUCUGAAAGCAAUAAAAAUUACAUGGAUGCAUUUCCUGAGCGAUUCAAUAUAUCUGCAUUCUUGCCUAAAAAAACUAAUAAAUUCAUAAUUCUGAUAAAACAAAACUGUACAAGUUAAAUAAAAUUGGUGCAAUUGUUUUGAUUUAUAUAGUAAAUAGAUUUUAAACAGUAUUUCUGUUGGGAAAUAUGUAUGUUCACCAUAUAAGUUAUCUUUUAAGAUCAUUUUGGUGAUCUGAUUAAAAGUUACCCUGAAAACUACCACUGCCUCAGGUGUGCAACACUCCACUUGCUAGCAAGUUUGACUUUAGCAUUAGCGCUGUUGCUAAACUACCUUAAUCUGAACACAAUUUUAAAUGUUAAAUUCCUGCUUGAAAUGGAACGUAGGCAAUAAAACUGCUUAAUUCAACUUUAAAGACAUUUUUUUGAAGCAAAUUUCACUUUUUACAGUGCGCGUUUCCCCUUUUUUCACUGUGUCAGGCUGUGGGGGGGCAUUUUUCACAUCAAAAUGAAGGGAUGUAAACAAAAUAGCUGCUUUAGAUCUUAUAGUUUAGAAGAUGUUUUCCGUAAAGGAAAAAAAAAAUAAAUUUCAAUGCGUCAAGUGCUACUUAUGACAUGAGAAAUUGUGACCUUAAUCAUUUUAAAGUGUAUUUAUUUAUUUAUUUAUUUAUUUAUUUAAUUGCGUUAAUAUUAUUGCUAAUUUAUUUAUGCGGAUUACAGGUCUUUCUUUCUGUAUAAAUGUAUAUUGUUUGUCGAUUCAAUAUAUUUUUAGGCUGUGAAAUUGAACGUGGUAAGUAAUGGUGUUUUCCUGUUUAAAAAAAAAAAAAGAAAUAUGGCACUUUCUGUUAAUCCACUGCAUCUCCUGUUUGCUUUCAAUGUAUGUUCGAUGUCUCCUUGUUUUGCUUUGAUAAUGUCUGUUAUAUCGAUCGAUGGCAACGAUGAGCACUUGAACUGUGGGGCCCCACGGCCCCCUAGGUGUCUGCUUCCCUAAAAUGUUGUGUUGGGACGUCAUUCAGUUUUCAGAUUCGCCUCGUUUUUCUGUCAGUUCAUGACAACAAGAGGUUCUGUUGUGAUCUCCAGAAUGACACCUCUUCUUUUGCUGUGACCAAAAACAAAGUCUGAAUUUAUUCUCUUCGAUGUGCUGAUGUUAGGCUCUUAUUUUAGAAAACGUUUAUUUAUUUGUCUCUUCUUUGUAUCCUGGAAAUUCCAAUAAGUAAUUUUAUAGCAAAAGGAGAAGAAAAAAACACAUAUCCUCUAUCCAAAGAUUUUUUUGUCUCUUCAGGGUUGUGUAGACUUGUUGCUUUAUGCAGAUUUUUUAGUAGAGUUAUUGUGUGACAGCUGGUUUCUAAUGGACAGACUUUUUUCAUAUUUUCCGGUGUUAUUUUUAAUUAAAAACAAAUGCUAAA